AAUUAAAGAUCGCUGGGUUGCUAAUGAUUUUCUUCUAAAUUUCAAUUUUUAUAGGGGCAAGUUAAAUUUUUUUCCACCUCAAAUACCCUUCAUGGUACCAGAUGACUGGGUAGAUGAAUCAACUUUGGAGCUUUUUAAUAGUGCUGAUACCUAUUAUGCUCUUCUACUGCCUUGUUUAAUGCCUGUAAGCUUAUUAUUUUUUUUCUGUUUCAAAUCAAAAAUUUUAGGUGAUCAUUAUUCAUUUUAUUUUGAUUGAAGUUGGCCUUGAAUUCUUUAUAAACAAUUAAAUGUUCCAAUAUUGUAUCAAAUAGAAGCUUUUAUACAACGAAGAAGAAUAUGUUGGAAAAGACAAGAAAAUGAUAAAAUAAUGAAGAAUAUUGGAAACAUAGGCAUAAACACUUAAAAUCCCUUUUAUUUUUAUGAAUAAAAUUAA